AUGACCGCCAACGAGGCAGCUCCUUCGACAGUGACACCCACAUCAUCCGGGUCUAAGCAGUUUUCGGUCCGACUCGCCCGAACUCCCGAGGAGUUGGCCAAGGCCACUGCGCUGCGGUACAAUGUUUUCUGCGUGGAACAAGGCUACUCGUUACUGAUCGAGAGGGAUGGGUGAGUCUCCUGAAAGAGCCACGUGAUUCCUGCAAUGCACCCUGGAUCGUUCCCGUCGGUGGAGCGAGCAGUGCUGACGCCUGUUCGGCCACUGGCCUUUGACCCAUUCAUCAGGAAGGACGAUGUCUCGGAUCAACUCUUGCUCAUCGACAAGGAGACGGGAGAGGUUGCUGGUGUCGCCCGAUGGAUAGCGACGACGUGUAAAUUGGGACGGGUCGCCGUGAGCAAGGCGUAUCGCGGCACUGGAGGUGGUUAGUUCAGCCGGAUCCGAGUGGAGUCUUGAUCCCGAGCUUGUACAACAAGAUUGAUCGUCGAACUCAGAAAACAUUCUUUCGCGUCGAAUGGCCCUAACUUCCAGGACGAAUCCUGGUGUUGGGAUUGGAGGACCACCUCAAGAGCCGUGAAGGCCGAGCUGGAGUGGAAAAUCGAGACAAGUCCGAAUGCACGAUCAACGUUUCGUCACAGUUGCCCGCCAUAUCAUUCUACACUCGGCUCGGAUACGAAAUCGAAGGGGAGCCUUAUGAGGAGGUGCGUCAACAGCUCAAUCGCGAUCUGCAGGGACUGGCGAAUUGCAUUGGACUAAAUUUUUGUGUCUCUGCGCUCUGUCGCGAGUGAUUGUACGACCUACAGGCUGGCACACCGCACGUGUAUUGCAAAAAGGUGGUUCAGUUACCCAUAAUUUGA